AUUCCUGUCCGUCAGUCUCCCUUAUGGUCGGCUCCCUGUUAACUCAUACUCUCCGUUCUGUAGAAUCUCUUCAUUCCCUGUCUGGGAAGGUGGGCGAUGAGAAAGAAAUGAAGCACCAACUUGAAAGGCAAACAACUUGAAAGAAAUAGAGCAGAUACCCACAACCAAGGAAAGCUACCAGAGAAAGAAGCCAGGACAUGAUGGGCGAGAAGAAACGAAAGCAAGAAGCUGAACCAGAGGAUGUGGAUAUAGCUGAUGAUUCCAAGAAGCAGGUGAAGAAAUCCAAGAAAUCGAAGAAGGAAAAGAAGGAAAAGAAGUCCAAGAAAUCCAAAAAGGAAAAGAAAGAAGCACAGGAACAGGAAGAGGAAGAGGCAAAAGACACGGCAGCAGAUGAUGAGCAGGAAAUGUCAGAAGCCGAAGAAAACACCAAGGAAAAAUCCACUAAAGAUUCCAACAGCAGUGAAAAUAAGAUGAGCAAGGAGGAAGAAAAGGAAGAUCGGAAACGCAAACGCGACGAAAAGAAGAAACGAAAGAAAGAGAUUCUGGAUCAGAUUCCCAAGGUCGAUGCGGACGGCAUUUCCUACACCAAACAACAAAUUCGACGCAUGGUGAAGCGUGUAGAGCGAGGCUUGGAUCCGAUUCCCACUGCGGAAGAGGAAGCGGAAUUGAAACGACAAGAGAAACUCUUGCAACAGGAAGAAGAAUUGGAGCUUGCGGGAAUGCUGUAUAGACAAGAAGAUGGUGACAAAGAUGAGGAAGACAACGAAAAGGAUGAUGGAGAAGAAGAUGACGAAGAAGAAGAAGAACCUGCUCCUGUCGAAUGGAAACGCAACAAGAAAUCAAAGCAGCAAGACAAUGACGACGAUGAGGAUGAUGCACCCAAGAAACCCACCAAGAAACCAAAACUCUCCAAGAAGCCUGUACCACCCGACUAUGUUUGCCAAGCUUGUAAAAACAAGCACAAGUUUGCUCAUUGGAUCUAUGACUGUCCCGACAAGGUCACUGUGAAAGGGACCAACCACGUGUCCGCCAAACACAGCAAGGACAAUAUGCCGAGUGCCAAGAAAGUCUUUGUCUCGGGACUCUUUUUUACUACCAAAGUCAACGACGUCAAGCAGAUUUUCAGCUCCUGCGGCAAAGUAACUUCCUGCAAACUACUCAAGUUCCCCGACACGGGACGGUGCAAAGGGCAAGCCUUUGUGGUCUUUGAUACGGAAGAAAGUGCCAAACAGGCCCUCAAGCUGAGCGGCACCAAGAUAUCGGCAUCGGAUGACGACGACAACAACAGCAAAGGCAACAAGAAGAGCAAGGCUGAGCUAGAGCUCAAGGUCCAUAAGGUGAUGAGCAGGUCCAUGACCAAAGCCAUGAAGAAGCAAUGAUCUGUAUGUAGCAUAAUAAUGAGCUGGUUAUAGCUCUGUAUUGUACUAGACUAGUAGGAGAGAUUUUAGCU